AUCCUUUGUGUUCUUCUAUGCUAUCCUGCUUCAUCUGCUGGUACUAGGCACCCUGUAUGCCUACAGCUUUGCCAGCAUACCCAUGGACGCUUCGGCAUGCAUGGCAGACUUCCAAACGCACAUGCUCACACACGGACACGAACACGGGGGAGGCGAGGAGAUGCAUGCAGCGACCAUUCCCAAAAUGAUCCCAAAUGUGGGCGGGGAUCCUGCGGGUGUGGGUGGCGCUGUAGCCGACCAUAUGUGA